UUUAGCAGCGAGUUAAAAUCCAUGUUGAGUGUGUGAAACGAUGCUGAUGAAGUUGGAAAGUAAUGAGCGAGGAUGCUGAAGCUGCCGGAAAGCCCGCGUUGUUCGGAGGAUCGCAGGGCUUUUGUGCCGCUGUCAUCCCACAGCUCAUCCCCUGCUGCUUUGUCUUCAGUUGGCCCCCUGAUACCGACCGUGAACAGUGUGCUUUGUCAGUACUGGACCAGCAGCAGGUCAGCACCAUGAAUCUGUACGGGCCCGGGGCUGGUGCCAGUGGUGGUGGUGCCGGCGGGGGGAGAGAAAGAGGAGGAGCAGAAAAUUACCUGGACCAACAGCGGCGUUCCAGCGACCGCUCACGUGACUCCUCCCAUGAGAGAGGAGAGAGCCAGCUGACACCCUGCAUCAGGAAUGCCACUUCUCCCACUCGUCAGCAUGACCGCGAACGUGGCGAUGGAGGCUCAUCCUCCAGAUCCUCCAGUCCUCGUCCUCCCAGGGUUUCUAUUCCCUAUUCUCACUUUGGUGGGGCCCUGAUUGGGGGACACAUUCCUCGGCCCCUGGGUCCUCCCGGAGCAGACCACCACUCGAAGACACUGGGCCCUAUACCGUGCGAUAUGAUCUAUGUGUAUGACCUCAGCAGUAAAGAGGGGUAUCGCAGUGGCCUGAGGCUGGGAGAAAGAAUUACGCUCAUUGUCGAUAAUACCAGAUUUGUGGUGGAUCCUGCCAUCUUCAUAGCUCAACCAAACACCAUGCUGGGCAGGAUGUUUGGUUCUGGGCGGGACCACAACUUUACACGACCCAAUGAGAAAGGGGAGUUUGAAGUGGCCGAUGGCAUCAGCUCCACCGUCUUCAGAGCCAUUCUGGAUUACUACAAGUCGGGGAUAAUCCACUGCCCUGACGGCGUUUCCAUUCCCGAGCUGAGGGAGGCAUGUGACUACCUCUGUAUCUCCUUCAACUACAGCACCAUCAAGUGCAGAGACCUCAGCGCCCUGAUGCACGAGCUGUCUAACGACGGGGCCCGGCAUCAGUUUGAGUGUUACCUGGAGGAGAUGGUGUUGCCGCUGAUGGUGGCCAGCGCUCACAGCGGAGAGAGAGAGUGUCACGUGGUGGUGCUGACUGAUGAUGACGUGGUGGACUGGGAUGAAGAGUAUCCUCCACAGAUGGGAGAGGAGUACUCACAGAUCAUCUACAGCACCAAACUGUACCGCUUCUUCAAAUAUAUAGAGAACAGAGACGUGGCCAAGUCCGUGUUGAAGGACAGAGGACUGAAGAAGAUCCGAUUGGGAAUAGAAGGCUACCCAACCUACAAAGAGAAGGUGAAGAGGCGUCCUGGAGGUCGUCCAGAGGUCAUCUAUAACUACGUUCAGCGUCCCUUCAUCCGCAUGUCUUGGGAGAAGGAGGAAGGGAAGAGCCGCCAUGUGGACUUCCAGUGCGUCAAGUCCAAGUCCACCACCAACUUGGCAGCAGCCGCUGCAGACAUUCCCCAGGACCAGCUGGUGAUCAUGCACCCUCAGGGGCCGCAGGUGGACGAGCUGGACACUCUGCCGCAGCCCCCGGGCGUCAACGACCCCCAUCAGCUGGCGCUCGGACCGGGGCCAGAGAACAUUGCGGGCCCCCAGCUACCGCAAGGCUACGACGGUCCGACCCAGCAGGCCGGGGACACUCCUCACAGUCUGCCUCCAAGCAACCAGCAGCACGGCAGCAGCUACACUCAGGCCACUUACCACUACGAGCCGGACCCAGACUCACCCUCACCCUCUGCAUGA